AUGAGCAGUUAUGCAGAACCUUCAAACUUAAAUAGAAAACAUUCCUCUAAAAAUUUUGAUAAUGAUGAAUAUAUUUAUAUUCCAAGUGAAAAUGAAAGAACUAAAGAGGAAUAUGAGGAGCAAGAGGGAUUAAAGUGUGAAUUGGAUGAUGAUGAAACUAGUCUAUUUGAAAAUAUAGAAAAAGUUAUAGAAGAUAAUGAGGAUUUUGUUGAAAUUUCUAAUAAAAAUAGUAAAAAUAAAAAUAAAGUAGAUAUUUCUAAGCCUUUAAACUUUCAAAAUAGAAAUUAUAUUAAAGAAAUAAAACAAACAACAUAUAAGAGUAUGUUGAAAUAUUGGAAAACAUCUGAAACUGUUACUAUGAUAGCCUAUGAAGAAGAUGCUAUAAAAGAAAAUCAUGAGAAUAAUGAACUAUUUUUAUCUUUAAUAUCACGAUCUAUAUCUAAAAUUUACUUCGAUACAGAAACAAUUGAAGGCAAUGAAGAUAAUGAUGAAGUAUAUAAAAAAAGAAAAUUAUUUUUAGAUGACAUUUAUGCUAAAUCAAAUGAAUUGAGUAAAAACAAAAAUGAAUUAAAUAAUUAUUUAUCUUUAGAAGAGAAAGGGAAGGAUACUGAUCCAUUUGACUGA